AUGUCUGCCAUGUUUUUUAAUAAGCUAAUAAUGAAUUUAACGAAAAAGAAUCAUAAUGACAAAGUUGUACAGAAUAAUUCUCUAACGUCUACAUCAUUAAUCAAGAUGCCUACCUCAUUCAACAUUCCUCGCCAAGUAUUAGGAGAAAUUAAAGAUUCUAAACUCAACAAUGCACCAUCAAAUAUUGGUAUUUUAAAUCAACAAGUACAAACUUUAAAAAGGUUAUCUCAUUCUAAUUAUGAUCACAUUCCAUCUAAAAGCAGUAUAAAUAGGUCUUUUGAAGUAUAUUGUGAUGACUUUGAUGACGAAGGAACCAGAUUAGGGUUUCCUGAAAAUAGUAAAGAAGCAGCUUGCAAAACACAUAUAUUAUCUUCACAAAAUACCAACACAAGCGGUUACUUAUCAGAAAGUGAUAUGUCUUUUUCGAGUAUGGAGAUUUCAAAAAAUUCUUCCUCUUUAAUGGAAAUUUCCUUUGGAAAAGGAUUCGAUACUACUACGUGUACCGUUGAUGAACAUACAAAAGUUACUAAUAAAGAAAUACGAUCUCAUGUUAUUCCUGUACCUUUGAUUAACUCUUCUACAAAAUCAAAUAAUGAAGCAAUAGUUAUUGAAAGUUUUAAAAAAGACAUAUGGGUUUAUGAGAGACAUCGUGGAAGGAAUAGCUUUUUACCUAAGAAUUUUAUAAAUCACCAGGAAGAAUUAAAUUCUGAAUAUAGAUCAACCUUAGUUGAAUUCAUGAUUGAAAUAUCAAAUGAGUUCAAUCUGUCAAAUCAAACUUUACAUACAGGAGUUGAAUUGUUAGAUAGAUAUACUUUUAAAAAUCAAUGUCCUAAAUCAGUUUAUCAACUGGUAGGAAUGACAUCUCUUUUUAUUUCAAAUAAGCUUCAUGAAGUUAAUGCUGCUUUUCUAAGGGAUUUUGUUUAUGCUUGUGAUGGAGCAUUUACUGAGGAAGAUUUUUUUGAAAUGGAAAGAAAAAUAUUUGGUAGUUUAUGUUACAUAAUAAAUGUUCCAACAAUUAAUUUUUUUUCUGAUUUUAUUGGAAGUAUUUUAAAAAGAGGUGAGGUAUAUUAUCAAUUAUUAUCAAUGGUCAUGGAUGUAUGUUUAUUAAGUGAUCUCUUAUCAUCAGGUGAUAGAGUCGAAACGGCAGCAGCAUGUAUAGCAUAUACUAAUGCCGUUUUAAAUUAUCCUAUAUGGUGUGAGGAUUUAAAAAGGUUAACUGAUAUAAAUGGUAGUCAAUUUGGAAGUAAACUUACAAAUAUUGUGCUGAGCAUAAAAGAAUAUAAAAAACGUUCUAAACAACUACACAAUCCUGAUCUCCGUCCUAGACCUGGUGAUUAUUUGAUAAGAAAAUAUAAAGAUGAUGAACAAUGUAAUGUUUUUGAUUAUGAUGUUCCGUAUAAGGUUAUUCAAAAUUUCUUAAAAAAUCAUUCUUUGAAAAAGCACACUACCUAA